AUCUUUAUUUCUAUGGCGGAAGAACCGCGCAAGCUCAAUCCCGAAGAUCUAUGGCGCUGGUUUGGCGAAUUUCACUGGCAGCAUUGGCACGGCAUCUGGAUCAACUGGCGGGUGAGCGACUCGCUAGAGAUCGCCAGGACGUACCGCAGCAUCAGGUCAUUCCAAUCUCGCGCCGCAGAUGGCUCGGUUGUGUUCCACAGGAACGAUUGGUAUGAUCCGGCCGGGGCUUCCGAGAGGAAGAUGACGCCCAAAUCGUGGCUGAUCAAUCGGCAAGAGCACUGCGGCGCGGACGGGAUCAUCCACCCCGCGGUCCCAAAUUCCAGGACGCUGGUCUUUCCCAAUGGCGAUCUUGCCUGGCUGGGGCUGGACAUCGAUUUCCCUCAGCGCCCAGUGGUCGGCGAGGUGUUCUUCAUGCUUCCAGGCAAGAAUGCGAGGGUAGCGAUCAUCGUCAGCUACAACACCGACGGAUCGCUCUCAGCGUCCCAAAUCCUCGAGGAGAGCCGGGACACGGACGAUCGCCCGGAGGAUUCGUGGCGUGGGAGCGUCUGGAAUCACGAUCUUGCGACAGUGGCUCUGGAAUCCAAGCGAGAGGAACCAGCAGGGGAAUUCGUAGGAGAGGAGACGACGCUCUAUCCCACCGGUUUGGUCCUGGCGACGAGGAAACCAGCGAUCUGGAGAGGAUUCAAGCCAGAUUGCGACGACAGCACGCUGAUCCACAUGCCCUAUGGAUUCACCGCAUGCGUUCCAGAGAAGGUGAAAUUGGGAGAGGAGUUCUCCUGCGCGGUGCAUUGGGUGGUGAGCGAGCGCGAGGUGAGGAAUAUCUCGUGGAAAUUCUCCGCGCAAGGCAAGCUGGAGCACUUUAGAACAGCCAAGUUCUCUGUUUUGCCCUAAACGAAAGACAAGAAUAUGCUAAGAGAAAUGCUAAUUGUCCCUUUUUGGGACUUUAAAGCUUGGCAAAUUAGGGCAAAA